AUGGCGUGUGGAUCUGUGGAUCCUCACGGUCUUCUCCCGUCAUCAGUUCUUUCUGCCCGGUUGGACAGUCUGCCAUAUGAUGAAGCGCCCUGGUUCUGGUCCUGUGGUCAGACUAAUAUAACUUGCAAGAUGGUAAAUGGAAAGAUGGUGGAGGUGGGGCAGUGGCCAUGGCAGGUAAGCAUCCUUUUUCUGGGAAUAUAUGUCUGCAGUGGUUCCAUCAUCCACCACCAAUGGAUUCUCACAGCUGCGCACUGCUUACAAAGAUCCAAGAACCCGGCCAACUACACUGUGAAGGUGGGAGUCCAGCACCUCCCAGACAACAGCACCUCAGCACUCCUAGUCAAUAGCAUCAUGAUUCACGAGAACUUCAACAAUCAAAUGUCUCAGGACAUUGCCAUCCUGAAGCUCAAGUACCCUCUCUCCUGGUCCCCUCUUGUCCAGCCGGUCUGUCUCCCCACCAGCAAUUUCAAGCCAACUGUUGGCACCAUGUGCUGGGUCAUCGGGUGGGGACAAGACAAGACUAAAGAGUCCUCAAAGGGUCCUUACAGUCUCCAGGGCUUGGCUGUCAGGAUCAUGAACAACGAGAUCUGCAAUCAUCGGUACCAGUUCCUCCUGACAAAGAGCCAGAAGACCUUCAUUGGGAAUGACAUGCUGUGUACGAGCUCAGAAUGGGGCCUGGACACUUGUCAGGAUACCUCCGGCAGCUCCCUGGUUUGCCAGAUAAACAACACCUGGAUCCAGAUGGGAGUGGUGAGCUGGAACUUUGGCUGUGGCGGUCGCCAAUUCCCAAGCAUCUACACCAGCACCUCCCACUUCACCCACUGGAUCAAGAGACAAAUCAGUGACAUGAGAUUCACCAGUAUGGCUGUCCCUCCCUUCCUGAGCCCGCUGAUCCUCACUGGCUACAUUCUGCUGGUAUCCUUGGGCUCCCUGUGGCUCUUGUGA